AUGACAAGCCCAGAUCCCAGACGGUCUGCGAGAAGCCCAGAACCCCCACAGUCUGCGAGAAGCCCAGAACCCCCACAGUCUGGGUCUUUGAGAAGCCCAGAACCCCGACAGUCUGGGUCUUUGAGAAGCCCAGAACCCCGACAGUCUGGGUCUUUGAGAAGCCCAGAACCCCGACAGUCUGCGUCUUUGAGAAGCCCAGAACCCAGACAGUCUGGGUCUUUGAGAAGCCCAGAACCCCGACAGUCUGGGUCUUUGAGAAGCCCAGAACCCCGACAGUCUGCGUCUUUGAGAAGCCCAGAACCCCGACAGUCUGGGUCUUUGAGAAGCCCAGAACCCCGACAGUCUGGGUCUUUGAGAAGCCCAGAACCCCGACAGUCUGCGUCUUUGAGAAGCCCAGAACCCCGAUAUUCUGCGAGAACCCCAGAACAAGAUGAAAGCCAAGGGGGUCUUGCUCCUCUUCUGCAUAGACUUCUUACAAAUCAAGAGAUGAUGAUGGAUCAACUCAAAGUCAUUCAGAUGAACAUGCAGAACAUUCCAGGCGAACCUGCUGGUGGGCCGGAUCCCCUUGGCAGAGAUAUACUGCCGCUAAAAGAAAUAACCUCCCUGUUGGCUCUGGAGAAACGUCUGAGGGAAGACGCAGAUCUUCAAAACAAAAUGAUUACUGCAUUGAGUGUCAUUGGAGGACUGGACGUUAAGGAUUGCGUUUGGCGAGUGAUGAAACACUGUUUUAGCAACUCCCUUGCCAAACAGCUCAACUGGCGUGGCAUCAAUGGGAAAACAGCAUUCCACAGACUGCAACUAAAAGAUGUCAUUACUGGGACUGUCAGAAACAACAGGCUCACAGCGACAGCAACAGACCAAGAGGUAGAAGCCUACAUAAAAAAAUGGCUUCACCUUGCGGGCGACCGAGAUGGAGGUAGAAGAGAGAGAGAGGAACGAAGACGAGCUGUCCAAGAAACCCGCCUUCAAGAUUCCCAUGGGCCCAGUCAAGGAGGUCAAUAAAUCCCGGAAAGGUUGUUCUCGUGCCAAGGUCGGCAAAAGUUCGUUCAUUUAGUAUAAGUAUAGUACAAGUAUUCUGUUCUAGUUAUGUUUUCACGAGAAAAUCAAUAAAAUAAAUCUGAAAUGUCACUGAGUCUGCAGAAGAGUUUGUUUAUUUUUGGGGAGCUAAGCUUUAUUUUUUAAUUGCAUGUUUUUUCAAAGUUGCUUUACUAUACUAUACAU